AAUCCGUUGCCCCUGGAGGGGGAGAUAUUGUCCCUGGCAUUCAACUUAAUCGUCACGUUAUGCACCGAGUCCAUAGGCCUCGCACACGGCAUCUCAUUGCGCUCCGCGCUAGCCUCAGAGUCUCGGCUUCGUUUCAACACCAAUCUGCGCCUUCUGACUGCAGCUCGUGGAUGGUGUAACCCUAACGGCGUCCUGUUUAAUGGUAUCUCGGCUGUCCUCCUCAUCAUAUCCUACACCUCGGCUUCACUCGUCGUAUGUCCCAACUAUUCCUUGACAUAUCAGAAUCUUGCCAUCGCAGGGAUAUCUCUCCUCGUUUUGGGCAUCGCACUCCUCCUCCAGGUGAUGAUCGCAUUGUCAGGGAUGCGGGCUGUCAAAAUAUUGACAUGGAGCUCCUCACCUUUCGACUUGACUGCCGCACUGGUACAUCACACGCAAUUGACCCCUGCUACUUUCCGGUGCAUGCGUUGUGUGUCUGACCUAGACGCGUUUGGAGGUCCAGCGAAGCCAUCAGAUAUACAGCCCUCUGCGUGGCAUGCUCACCCUAACAUCCGGAAAGUUGUCAUUUUUCUCUGGGUGAUCGUUGCAGCUUGCGCUGGAUGGGCCGCACUCUCCACGUAUAUCCAGCGCAAGGACUAUGCUAACAUGGGUGCACUAAUGUGGUCGUUCUUACCCAAUAUGCAGUCCAGUUACAUCGCGUAUGAUCUACCGGGUGUCAAUUUUGGUGAGGUGUGGAUCCUUCUCUUGGUCAACAUGGCAGUUAUUCAGGGGUCGUUGACACUUGGGCUCCAUUGCUCGGAGCUCAUCGCGAAUGUCAUUCGAGACGAAACGCAGUGGAGGUCCGCUACCGGAAGGAAAGGACUUAGAACGGCAACGAAUUCUAUCUUAACUCAUCCGAUUUGUCUUGUACUUUUUGCCACAAAGCCUUUCCUGCACUGGAUUUUUGGGCUUUCAUUCUCCUCAUGUAUACUGCCCAGGUUCGCACUUUACGCGUAUGUAAAACUGCUACGACGUUUUCACACCCUCACGCAGAUCUGGAACUUAUGCAUUGCACUGUUUAUAUUUGCCUCUUUCUUCACUUUUGUCGCACUGCGCCGACCGCGUGGCCCCCAGCCGGCUGCAUACGGCCACCUCCAGACACUCGCCAACCUCGUGGACGAGUGGUCGCCUGUGAUGUGGUGGGGACACAAG